ACAGUGGGGUUGUAACAGAAGCAGAGCUUGACAUCAGUUGUUGAGCAGUUCAACACAUCCUUAACUGCACAUAAAGAAUCACAGCCAGGCAUCUUGAAAAUGCCAUCAAAUUUCCUCACGCCCUUUCUGGAGUUGGAUGAUGAAUUCUGCAAGAGUUUCCGCGGUAUUGAUCUGACAGAAGCCACGCAGAAGCAGCGUGUGGUGGGAUUCCAGCGCAGACAUUCCCUGUGCCCCGUGACUCUUCCCAACUCUAAAUUCAACAGCAACGACAGCAGCCCGUGGCCUCUUCCAGCCAUCAACCAGCACUGGAGCCACGAGAUGAAGCAGCAGCUGCCGCGUUCCUCCCUGAGCCAGAUCCCCUUCAGAGUAGACCGGUCCGUGAGCAUGAUCGAGGGCCAUGUGGCCUUCGAGAGCCCAACAGCCAACUCUCUUCCGCCACCGCCCGGGUUUAGCAUCAGCAACAGCUCCUUGAGUUGCCCGAAGGUACUCGGCACGACCUCCACGGCGCCGAUGUCCGCCCGCUACAAGACGGAGCUCUGCCGCACCUACGAGGAAAGUGGCACCUGCAAGUACGGAGCCAAAUGCCAGUUCGCUCAUGGGAUGGAGGAGCUGAGAGGCCUCAACAGACACCCGAAGUACAAGACCGAGCCGUGUCGCACCUUUCACACCAUCGGCUUCUGCCCCUACGGCGCUCGGUGUCACUUCAUACACAACGCAGACGAGCAGAACGGGCUUUCGGAGAACACAAAGAGCAUCCGAGCGCGACCGCAACUCCGCCAGAGCGUCAGCUUCAGCGGCUUCUCCUCGCAACCACAAACCCUCAGCAGCUUCCGCGCCGUUCCGGAUGCCCUGGCCUUCUCCAGAUCUUCAUCCGUGUCUCCGCCGCCAUCCACCGGGAGUCCCGACCUCCUGUCCCCUCAGUUCCCCAAGCCGGGGACCCUGAAGCACAGCCACCCCUUCGCAGAUCUGGGUGCCAGCGGCAGCUUCUAUGCCAUCAGCGACUCGGAGAGCGUGCAGAACCUGGCCUAUGCGGUCACCUGCCUGUCGGCUCUGCAGCGAAGCGCGUCUGCGGACUCUCUCUCCGAUCAGGACGGCUACACCAGCUCCAGCAGCCUGAGCGACUGCGACUCUCCUGGCAUCGAGGGCCGACGACUGCCCAUCUUUAGCCGCCUGUCUGUCUCAGACGACUAGAAACUAUUACCGGUGCAUAUUGCAUGCUCGCCUGCGCAGAUGUUGACAUGAUCCAAUGUCAUGCGAUGAACGCAAUGUAUACUGUUGUAUACCAGUACGAAGCUGCAGUGGGAACUUCACUUUAGGUUUAUUUGUUUCAGGAAUUGCUCUGCGGUGUUUUGUCUGCAGGAUCAAACUUCCCAAGCCGCCCAUCUGUAGUCUAACCAAAGCCGAGCAACUUAGAGUAUAUACAUCUAGUGUGACGUCUAACCCACUCCCUGAACAUACUGUAGCCUUUAGUUAAGGCAUUUUUAAAUGGACAGUAUUACUGAAAAGUUUUAGCC